UCGCGGAACACCGGCUAUAUCAUCUUUGCGAUAGUUACGCCGCGUUGCACGUUGCUAGUUAGUUGCAAUGCUGUAGCUAUUAGCACGAUAGCCAUUCCUUCGCUGGGAGGGAGACCCCACGUUUAGUUCGACCACCCUUUGGAAUUAAUUCUCACUCAUUCAUAGUCCAACCAGAAACCGACUGUUGGCCAACGGAAAUUACCCAAAAAACAGCUAGCUGACGUGUUGUCUUGUCAUUCUGCUAGCCCGUUAGCCCACACCCCUAGCUAGUUAGCUUGCUCCCCGCUAGCGUUCUACCGUCUCCUCCCUCAGCGUGACCCGUCUCCUGCCCGGCCGGAGGACCAUGGCGAUGAGACAGACUCCGCUCACCUGCUCCGGUCACACCCGGCCCGUGGUGGACCUGGCCUUCAGCGGAAUCACCCCCUACGGCUACUUCCUCAUCAGCGCCUGCAAGGAUGGCAAGCCCAUGUUGCGCCAGGGAGACACAGGGGACUGGAUAGGAACGUUUCUGGGUCACAAAGGCGCUGUCUGGGGAGCCACUCUGAACACAGACGCCACCAAGGCUGCCACCGCCGCAGCUGACUUCACAGCAAAGGUGUGGGACGCAGUGAGUGGAGACGAGGUCCUCACACUGGCGCACAAACACAUCGUCAAGACUGUCACCUUCACACAGGACAGCAACUGCCUGCUGACUGGAGGAAACGACAAGCUGCUGCGGAUCUAUGAUCUCAGCAACCCUGAAGCAGCUCCUCAGGAGAUCGCAGGUCACACCUCAGCCAUAAAGAAAGCCCUGUGGUGCAACAACGACAAGCAGAUCCUCUCUGCCGCCGAGGACAAAACCAUCCGCCUGUGGGACAGGAGCUCCAUGGAGGAGGUGAAGACACUGACGUUCGACACUUCAGUGAGCAGCAUGGAGUAUGUGGCUGACGGAGAGAUUCUUGUGAUCACAUACGGAAAGACGAUCGCUUUCUACAACGCUCUGAGUCUGGACCUGAUAAAGACAGUGGAGGCCCCGGCUACCAUCAACUCAGCCUCCCUUCACCCAGAGAAGGACUUCUUUGUCGCCGGUGGAGAAGACUUCAAGCUCUACAAGUUUGACUACAGCAGCAAGGAAGAGCUGGAGUCCUAUAAGGGUCACUUUGGUCCAGUGCACUGUGUCCGUUUCAGUCCGGACGGCGAGCUGUACGCCAGCGGCUCCGAGGAUGGCACGCUGAGACUGUGGCAGACGGCUGUGGGGAAAACCUACGGCCUGUGGAAGUGUGUCCUCCCUGAGGACCUGGGGGCUGAGAACUCUGAGCAGCUGUACACUUCGCCCCCGGAGAUCAAGGCCUGAAGAGCGAGCAGCACUAUUUGGAAAUAGGAUGAGAAGAGAGAAAGAUGGGAAGGAAACGAGCGGAGGGGUGUUCCAGCCUUCUAUCUGGCCCCAGCAAGGAGCAGAGUCCAGAGCAUCUCCAUCCAUCAGGGACUGAUGUGGAUAUUAUGACUGCCCUGUCUGUCAUAGACAAACCCAAUACACACACACACACACACACUGAUUUCCUGCAGUCACGUGGACAGUAUGGGCUGCAGAGUAAAGCAGUAGAGCUGUGAGCAUCAGCUCAUCGCUGCCUGCUUUCUCUCUGAUCAGCCCACAUCUGUCUGCCUUAUUUUAACCCCCCACCCCCGAAAAUCACAUGACGCUAAGAUCAGUUUUGGUUUCAAAAUGAAAUCGUUAUUGAGCUGGACCUAGGCUUUUGUUUUCAGUUCAUCGUUUCCAGAAUAUCGUCGGUAGUUGCACAGUUUGUGCACUAAGUUAACGCGUUUUCAUUUCUUCUGCUGUUGUACUGGUUGAGUAUAUAAAGAAAAUAUUGUUUUGUGACAAAGCAGAAAGGGAAGAAAUGUCACUGGGCUUUUUUUCCAUUUUGGUUUUCUGUCUUCAUUUGUGUCCAGUGAUGAAAUAAACAAACACAUUACUUUAUUUGUAAGUAAUGCAUAAAGAGCAAA